AUGACCGAGGCCCAGCUCCUCGAGCAAGUUCAGCUGCUUCAGCAGCAGCUGUCGCAUCAACCGCCGCAGUUGCAGGGAGACAACGACGUCGCAGCUACGACAACGCCCAAGAAACGUAUCUCAACCAAACCUUCCACGUCUAGCAUUGCAUCGUCGAUGGCGACAAGCCUUGUUGACACGGCAAGUGAGGCCCCGGUUGUGUACACGCAUACCAUGGUAAACGCACUACUCGAGCUACGAUUCACUGGAUUUCGCGCAUCGUUUAAUGCCGACCUGUCCAGCAAGCAACUGCAUGUACUCUGGGAAAAACUUGCCUUACGGUUUUACAUUUUGACUGAACAGCCGUGCCAGGUCUCAGUCGAUUUACUCAAGAACAAGUUACGAAAGUUGCGGUCGGAGUUCGUUGCGAUCCAGCAUAGCUUGACAGCCACUGGCAACGACGAGUUGUCGACCCCCCCCCAAGCCGAGCUACUACUCGGAGUUCGUUCCCCCAGUGCUAGCCCAGGCGCCGAAGACGACGUCGAAGUGCUAGAGGAUUUGUAUGCCGCUGGCUCCAUGCAACAAAACAAGCGGAAGGUUGAAAUCGACUUGGAGAUGCAGCGCCUGCGCCAAAUGCGCAAGAAGCAGCAUCCAGACCUUGCGGCAGGGCUCAAUAGCCUCGGAGAAGCACUGGCGAGUUGA